CACGGAUGACGGAUGUUCACGCAGUUCUCUUUUAAUUAAUUACUGUUCUUCAAAAUCUAGGCCGUCAGGUGGUGAUCGUUGAUGUGUCAGGGGAGCACUUCGUCACUUUCAGCAUACUGAGAGGCGCCUGGACGCUAUGAACCUCCACGAUUUCUUUCGAUCUUUCAUGGGCUUUCCACCGCGCAGGGAACCGAGUUCGGGAGACCCGCCGUACGCGGACAAUGGUGGUUUCGGACGGGACGACAACCCAUACGAAGGCUCAAUGUUCGGCGACCCGUGGGAUAUGUUCCGGCACCUUGACAGCGUCUUCCGCAACUUCGGACUGACUGAGUUUCCUCCUUUCCCCCAUGGAACCGACGUACCCGCUGUAGGACAAGAUCCUGGCGAGACAGGCCACCUGCGUGAUCACAUGCUCAAAGUUCCGGACUACCGUGAGCCGUUCCUGGGAGCUCCAGAUAUGUUUCCUAACCUUCCCCCUGGACCUGCCCAGCCAGAGGAGGUUCCAUAUAAGGACAUAGAUCUGGAUGAGCAUGUGGCCAGGAGUGGCCUGGACAGCCUGUUGGCCCCAGUCCCUUUUGAGGCACCUCAGCAGGUUCCUGACUGGGGAGGCAGCAGCAGUUCACUGCGCACAUUCUCUUCACACAACGGGAAAAUUCAAGAACGCACAGUUGUCAGGGAUGCCCAAGGCAAUGAGGAAGUUACAGAGCGCCGGAGCCUGGGUGAGCGGUCUAUGAUUGUUCGUACCAUCAAGAGACCAGACGGAGUCACAGAAAUACAGGAACAGUACAUAAACAUGGAUGAAGGCGAAAAGGCAGCAUUCGAGCAGAUGUGGCAGGGUUCGUCUGCGAUUCCGUCUGACCACAGUAUGACCGAUGGAGCCAUCUUCCGCAGGCUAUUUGGCUUCCUUCCACAAAGCAGGUCGCAAUAAACAGUGGUUUUCGACCUUAGAAUUGCAUGUCUGCACAGAAGCACUACAUGUACAAUAGACAAUACUUAUUUACGAUGCAUGGUGGAUAUUAGAUUUAAUUUAAAAAUAGAAAUCCAGACCAUGUGAAAGUGCUUAUAAACAAAUGUAAAAUUGUGUCUGCAUUUGAUGAGAGAUUAAUGUAAAAAAAGCACUACUAUGAUGUGCUUUGGCUGAAUAUUUAAACCAUACUUGUAAGGCUUUUGUAAACACAAAUUGGAGCUACACCAAACACUGAAAAUUAGCCCCGGCCUACCAGAUAACAUCCCCAGGUGCAACUCGAAGAUAUUGUUCAUUUUCACUGUGGAUCUUGGCGAAAAAUGUAAAUGUGAACUCAAUUCACAUACUUUCAGGCCUUGAAAUUAUUACUUUUGUAAGUUGGAAAGAUUUUACUCAUGUUGCAGUUGAG